ACUUACGAAAUACUAUGGUGUAAAAAAAAGGAAUGACGAAUAGGGAAUACCUGGAGGAUGAGGAUGCUGAAGAGCCAGACGACUUUGUGAUAUCUCUUACUUCACAGAUAACGCGUAGGGACGAGGGAAUGGCGCCUUUCAUCUCUGGUGAGAAGAGGAAUUAUGUUUUUGGUGGCAUAUGUGGAGUUGCAGCAAAUGCGUCCAUUAAGGCUUUGGCUGACAUGAGGUCAAUCAACCUUUUCGGGGUUCAACAAAUAUGUCGGAACACUAUUGCAUUGGAACAGGCCAUGGCAGCUAUUCCAUAUAUCGAUGGUGAAACUGUACAACAGAACCUAGAUCGUGUCCGUACUUACUUUGAACUACUAAACAUGCCAUUCGAAGCGUUGCUCGCAUUCAUAGCAGAACACGACCAAAUGUUUACACCCACAGAGUAUUCCAAUCUUCUGAAGGUCAAUGUUCCUGGAAGAGAUACUCCUCAAGAUGCUCAAUCCCGCCUUUUGGAAAUUCUUUCUCACUAAUGUCAACUCUUCGAGCCAUUCACCGAUUACCGUGAAUAAACAGAAGCUUCUCCAGCAGCCAAUUGAAUUCAUGGUUUCUCAUAAGCUGCAGAAAAAAAAUCAUAAUGGUGAAAUCCUGAAGGAGAAGCAGGAAACAGAAAAUGUAUAUCAUCUUAGUGCUUCUACUGCCAUAAGAGUAUACGGUUUCGUGAGUAUCUCAAUUUUUCAUUUUUUUUUUUUAAUUUUGAAAAACUCUUGUCUAGUUUCUGUCUAAUACGGAACCAAGACCUUUCUUUGAGAGCUUUGUUUUGUUUAAAUUCUUUGGUAGAGAUUUUCCGUUGUAUAAAACUUCCCAAGAGUGAGAUCAUAUUCCUUCCAAAUGAAAACAAAAAUAGAAAGAAAGCCACAAAA